AUGGUUGCAGCUCAGAGACUUCAGAGGAGGAGGAGGAGGAAGUUCCUCCUGAGUGGAAAACUACUGCAACACGUCAAACCCCGCCCCCUCCUCCUCUGCAACUCAGAGCAGAAGUACCGAGUUCCUCUUUCACGUGAGUCACAUCUGAAACAGUUGGUGUUCAAACUGUUGAAUAAAAGGAGAUAUAAGGGAAUAGCAGGCAGAACCAGGACUGAGGAGGACGAGAUCAGCAGGGUUUCUGUGGACCUGAAGAGAGUUCAGCAGAGAGAAAAUAUGGCGACACUGAAAAAGAAGCUCCUCACAGCUUUAGAACAUUUGGGGAAAGAGGACUUUGAAGAAUUCAAGUGGCACCUGCAGCAGAAGGUCCUAGGAUUUGAAGGAAUCCCAAAGAGUCGACUAGAGGGUGCAUCUCGGACACAAACUGUGGACCAUAUGUUUCUGAACUACUGCAUUAACACUAUUGAAGUGACCAGAAACGUUUUGAAGGAGAUGAAUCAGAAUCUUCUGGAGGAGGAAUUAUCAAAAAUGUCAUCAGAACCGACAGAGAUUCUUACUGAGUGCCAAAGGACGCUCAAAUUCAACCUGAAGAAAAAAAUUGCGAAGAUCCUAGAAACGGGUAAUUCAAGACCUCUAAAUGAAAUCUACACGGAGAUCUACAUCACCAUGGGGGAAACUGCAGCUGAAGAGCAUGAGGUCAGACAGAUUGAAACAGCAUCCAGGAAACCAGACAGACCAGAAACAACCAUCAGACAAGAAGACCUCUUUAAAGCCUCACCUGGAAGAGAUGCACCAAUCAGAGUGUUGACAAAGGGCGUGGCUGGCAUUGCGAAAACAGUCUUAACACAGAAGUUCACUCUGGACUGGGCUGAAGGCAAAGCCAACCUGGACAUCCAGUUCAUAUUUCCAUUACCUUUCAGAGAGCUGAAUAGGCUGAAGAAAAAGUACAACUUGGUGGAACUUGUUCAUCACUUCUUCGCUGAAACCAGAGACGCAGGAAUCUGCAGGUUUGAUCAGUUCCCGGUUGUGUUCAUCUUCAACGGUCUGGAUGAGUGUCGACUUCCUCUGGACUUCCACAACACUGAGAUCCUGACUGAUGUCACAGAGUCCACCUCAGUGGAUGUGCUGCUGACAAACCUCAUCAGGGGGAAGCUGCUUCCCUCUGCUCGCCUCUGGAUAACCACACGACCUGCAGCAGCCAAUCAGAUCCCUCCUGAGUGUGUGGACAUGGUGACAGAGGUCAGAGGGUUCACUGACCCACAGAAGGAGGAGUACUUCAGGAAGAGAUUCAGAGAUCAGGAGCAGGCCGGCACCAUCAUCUCCCACAUCAAGACCUCACGAAGCCUCCACAUCAUGUGCCACAUCCCAGUCUUCUGCUGGAUCUCUGCUUCAGUUCUGGAGGACAUGUUGAAAACUGAGAGAGGAGAGCUGCCCAAGACCCUGACUGAGAUGUACAUCCACUUCCUGGUGGUUCAGUCCAAAGUGAAGAACGUCAAGUAUCAUGGAGGAGCUGAGACAGAUCCACACUGGAGUCCAGAGAGCAGGAAGAUGAUGGAGGCUCUGGGAAAACUGGCCUUUGAGCAGCUGCAGAAAGGCAACCUGAUCUUCUAUGAUCACGACCUGGCAGAGUGUGACAUCGAUAUCAGAGAAGCCUCAGUGUACUCAGGAGUGUUCACAGAGGUCUUUAGAGAGGAGAGUGGACUGUACGAGGACACAGUGUUCUGCUUCGUCCAUCUGAGCAUUCAGGAGUUUCUGGCUGCUCUUCAUGUCCAUCUGACCUUCAUCAACUCUGGAGUCAACCUGCUGGCAGAAGAACCAACAACCUCCUGGCUGCCUAAAGUCUUCAGAGACAAACCUCAACUUAAACAUCUCUACCGGAGGGCUGUGGACCAGGCCUUACAGAGUCCAAACGGACACCUGGACUUGUUCCUUCGCUUCCUCCUGGGUCUUUCACUGCAGACCAAUCAGAAACUCCUAUAUGGCCUGCUGAAAGAAACAGGAAGUAGCUCAGAGAUCAACCAGAAAACAAUUGAGUACAUCAAGAAGAAGAUAAAUGAGAACCCGUCUCCGGAGAGAAGCAUCAACCUGUUCCACUGUCUGAAUGAACUGAAUGAUAGUUCUCUAGAGGAGCAGAUCCAACAGUCCCUGAGUUCAGGAAGUCUCUCCACAGAUAAACUGUCUCCUGCUCAGUGGUCAGCUCUGGUCUUCAUCUUACUGUCAUCAGGAAAAGAUCUGGACGUCUUUGACCUGAAGAAAUACUCUGCUUCAGAGAAGGCUCUUCAGAGGCUGCUGCCAGUGGUCAAAGCCUCCAGGAAAGCUCUGCUGAGUGGCUGUAAGCUGUCAGAGAGAAGCUGUGAAGCUCUGUCCUCAGUCCUCAGCUCCCAGUCCUCUAGUCUGAGAGAACUGGACCUGAGUAACAACGACCUGCAGGAUUCAGGAGUGAAGCGGCUGUCUGCUGGACUGAAGAGUCCACACUGUGAACUGGAGACUCUCAGUCUCUCAGGCUGUAUGGUCACAGAGAAAGGCUGUGUUUCUCUGGCUUCAGCUCUGAGCUCCAACCACUCCCAUCUGAGAGAGCUGGACCUGAGCUACAAUCAUCCAGGAGACUCAGGAGAGAAGCUGCUGUCUGCUGGACUGGAGGAUCCACUCUGGAGACUGGAGACACUCAGGCUGGACCAUGGUGGAGAGCAGAGGUUACAACCAGGUCUGAGGAAGUAUUCCUGUGGACUCACCCUGGACUCAAACACAGCAGACAGAAACCUCAAACUGUCUGAGGACAACAGGACGGUGACACGUGUGAGAGAGGAUCAGAAAUAUCCUGAUCAUCCAGAGAGGUUUGACUACUACUAUCCUCAGCUGAUGUGCAGAGAAGCUCUGACUGGUCGCUGUUACUGGGAGGUCGAGAGGAGAGGAGGGGUUCAUAUAGCAGUGACUUAUAGAGGAAUCAGGAGGAGAGGAGGCGGAGAGGACUGUUGGUUUGGAUGGAAUGAUCAGUCCUGGAGUCUGACCUGCGCUGAUAGAGGUUACUCUGUCUGGCACAAUAAGAGAGGAACAAGCAUCUCCUCCUCCUCCUCCUCCUCCUCCUCCUCCUCCUCCUUCUCCUCCUCUGGUAGAGUAGCAGUGUAUCUGGAUCAUCCUGCUGGCUCUCUCUCCUUCUACAGAGUCUCCUCUGACACACUGACCCACCUCCACACCGUCAGAGCCACAUUCACUAAACCUCUCUACGCUGGGUUUGGGUUCUGGUUUGUGUCAUAUGACUCCUCAGCGUCUCUGUGUCCUCUGUAGGAGGAGACCACUUCCUGUCCUGGGUUUAAGGGUUGCUGUUUUAAAUCUGGCUCACUGAUUGUGUCUUUACUGUCAGAAGUGUUUUUAUCAGAGAGGCUUUUAUGGAAAUUGAGCAUUUAUAUUUGUUAUUAAUAACAUGACUCACAGUCAGCCCUUAUUUUAUUAUACAUUUAAAUAUAUAUAAUUCACGUGAUCAGAGUUUAACUCGUGUU